AUGAAAAUUCUUAGCAUUGGUGAAGGGUAUGAUGAAAAGAACAUCAAAGCGUGGCUGAACUGCGAUAGUGGAGACCCUGGAUUCCUAAUAUUAAUUGAUGAAGAACUUAUUGACGAUUUGAAUAGUAAAGAGAGAGAAAAUGAAGAAGAGACUGAAUCUGAGGAUAUUUGUCAAGUAGCAAAGCACAUACUUUUGAAGCUUUUUGAAUGUUGCUUUUAA